CCUCCCAGCAUGCCUCCCCGCAAGCGCGCGAUCUCCGCCACGGCGUCCACGCCGGAGACCACCUCCCAGGAGGAGACGCCCACCCGGGCGGCCCCCCCCGCCGCCGGCCGGCGCCGGUCGCGUACCACCCUCAAUGACGAGGCCUCCCAGCCGGAGGAUGCGGCGGAGGAUGCGGCGCCGAAGCGCCAGCGUGCCGACACGCCGGCCAAGCCGCCGGUCGCCAAGAAGGCCGCCGAGACGCCGGAGGCCGAGACAUCGGCCGCCGCCGCCGAGGCCCCGGCCAGUCGGCCGGGCAUUUCCCGACCGGGGAUCGGCAUCCGCCGGCCGGGGGCCGGGUCGGCGCUCUCCCGCUCCACCGCUGGCACCGGCCCCAAGACCCCCCUGGCCGCGGGCAAAGCGCGCGGCGCCCUGUCCCGGGGCUCCACAUCUGCCAAGGCCCCUGCUGCCAGCUCCAAGGCGAAGGCCGCCAUCGCCAGCAAGGCCAAGGCCUCGGCCGGCUCCAAGUCCAAGGCCGCCGCCGGCGGCAAGGCCAAGCCCCGGAAGCGCGGCCGCUCCGACGAGGACGACCCCUCCGACGAUGAGCACGCCGACGACCUGUCGGAUCUCGAUGACGAGGAGGACGAGGAGUCGGAGUCGGACGAGGAGGAAGACGACGAAGACGACGAGGACCACGGCCUUCAUGGGGCCCGGCGGCCGGCGGCCGGCGGGAGCACCAGUCGCCCGGGCGCCCCCUCGCCAGUCAAGCACUCGGUGCCGGACAUCCGCCAGUCCAUGGCGACCACGGUCACGGCGGCCAACAUGCGCCAGCCGAAUGUCUCCUGCUCCGGGCUGGGCCCGGAUGCCAUGGAAUUGCUGAGCUCGGCGGCCUUCGGCAUUCGCCACCCGAAGGCCGUGGAGACGGCCAGCCAUCCCUCGCUUCCCUUCGCGGCCACCCCCUCGGGGAUGCCCUUCUGCCUGGUGGACUGGGUGGCCAGCCCGGUGCCCGGCACUGGUGGCGGCGACGGCGGCGGCGGCGGUGCCAAUGACCGGCUCCCGGGGGCCGAUGCCCGGGGCCGGUGCACCGGCGCCACGUCCGGGUACUUUGCCCAGCACCCGGCGGCCCUGGCGCGCGGCGCGGCCCCCGGGGCCGAUGACGGCCACGGCGAGGCCAUCGACCCCGUCGCCGGGGGCCCGCUCCUGCUGGCGGAUGUCCUGCUGCUGGAUGCCCCCCGGCGCACGGCCAAGGCCAUGAUGGCCCUGCUGGUGGGCACGCGCCCGGUCCAGGCGGCCGCCUGGGUGAUGGCCUCCAUCGAGGCCGGCCAGUGGCUGGGCUUCGAGUGGCGUCACAAUGCCUCGGCGAUCGGGCACCAGCUGCAGCCAUUCACCCUGGACAGCUGGCCCGACUCCACCGGGAAGGCCGUGGCAUUGGGGGAGUCCCGCUGGGCCCGGCCACAGCUGCCCCGGGUCCAUGACCCGCCGCUGCUGGCCUCGCAGCCGGCCCUCUACCUGGCGGAGCCCCGGGCCCGGGCCGACCUGGGCCCGCUCCUGACGCAAGCCGGCUGCCGGGUGCUGGAUGCCCCCUUCGGGUGUGAUUUCCAGCUGAUCCUCGCCAAGAAGGCGGCCGCGAACAGGGCCGCCGCCACGGCCGGCGCUGCCCCGUCGUCGUCGUCGUCGCCACCGCCGCCGUCGCCGCCCCGCGGCGCGGCCCUGGUUUCCGACCUGCCCGGCGUCCGCAUUGACUGGGUGUUUGACUCGAUCAUCCAUGGCCGGGAGCUCCCGAUCGCCGAGUACCUGACCUCGGCCGCCCCGGACACCAAGGCGGCCCCGGCAAAGGCCCCGGCCGCCAAGGCGGCCCCCGCGGCGGGGGGGGGCCGUGGGCGUGGCCGCGCUGGCGCCGCCUCGCCGGCUGCCAGCCAGCAGCAGGAUGACCACGCCCCGGCACUGCCGUCGGCCCCGCCGCCGCACCCUCUCCCGGGGCCGGAGGACCGGACGGUCUCCUUUGACGAGGCGCCGCUCUUUGGGGCGGCCGCCGCGGCGGCCGGCCUGUCCAUCUGAGGCCCCCCCCCCCGCUCCCCGGGCUCCCCGAGCUCUCCCACCCUGCCGGGCAUCGGCGAGGGGGUUGGGGGGAAAGAGAGAGCGCCAAAGAAAGCCCGCCCUGUCCUUGUGUAUCUGCUGCCUGCUUGGUCCCCCCCCCUGUCGGGUGGGGCUUCCCCGACGAAUGUACCCGCCCUUUUCCC